AUGCCUCCCCACGCCGGCGACGGCCAUGCCCACGAGGCCCAACUGCCUCAAGCUCAGCCUCAGCCCCACUCGCAGGACGAGACUUCCUCGCACUCCGAUACCGCACCCGCCUCGCUGAGCCAGCGCCGUCAACGCGGCAGCGGACCUGCCACCCUCCGCCUCAACACCAACUCGGACCGCGAACGCAGCCGCGACCGCAACGCCGCCGCCGCCAACAACAACAACAACAACCGCUCCAGCUUCCUCGCCGCGGCGGGGCAGCGACUCCUCCGCACCCCCGGCGCAGCCUCAAUCGCAUCCUCGCUCGACGCCCCCCUCAGCCCCGUACGCAGCUUCUACGGCGCCCUCUCGGCAUCCCACCACCGCGACCGCAAGCGCAACUACGAUGACCCGCAGCUCACCGACGAAAUGUCGGCCGCCGCACCCGCCGCCGGAGCGGGCAACGGCAUACGAACCUGGUACGAGUCCUACACCACCAUCGACUGGAUCCACGACGCCAUCAAGGAGAGCUCCCGCCUCCGCCGCAUCCGCCGCCUCCGCGGCAUCCGCGGCCGCAUCACAAACAGCUGGGACCGACUCCAGGGCUGGAUCAUUGUCACCAUCACCGGCAUCAUCACCGCACUCAUCGCAGGAUGCAUCGUAAAGUCCGAGGCCGUCCUCUUUGACCUCAAGGACGGCUACUGCCAGCGCGACUGGAGGCUCGCAAAGCGCUUCUGCUGUCCCUAUGCCGGCGGGCCCGACUGGGACUCGCCUUCGGUCCUCACGGCGGCAGGCAACGUCGCCGCCGCCAACGUCAGCCUGGCCUCGGCCGCUUCGGCCCCGCUCUGGGCCUACCGCACCCGCCUCAUGGACGCCGCUGGAUCGUCGCCCUCCGACCCCUCGCGCGGCAUCUUGACGGGCAUGGGCAACCGCCUCCUCGCCGGCUGGGCCGGUCCCGUCGCCGGCAGCCCCGCAUGGUCCCGCAUCGCCGCCUCUGCCGCCGCCGCCUCGCGUGUCGACCUGCUCCAGCUGCAGCCCGAGACCGACGAGUGCCCCGGCUGGAUCACGUGGGGCGAGCGGCUGCGCGGCAUCGGCCACGACAGCUGGCUCGCCGACUACGGCAUGUACGUCGCCAUCGCCGUCCUCUGGUCGACGAUUGCCAGCGUCCUCACCAUCUACCUCACCUCGAGCGAGCUCUACCUCUCGAGCAAGAAUGGCGGCGGCGGCAAGGGCGGCACCACCAGCAGCAGCAACAGCAACAACAAGCUACGCGGCGCAACCCUCGUCGACGACACAAACGAGCCAGACGAGCGCACCGCCCUCUUGAGCGGCAGCGGCACCGCCACCCAGGCCACCACCGCCACCGCCACCGCCACCGCACCGCCGCCGCCGCCGCCGCUGGGCCGCAUCGCCCACGACAAGCGCGCCGACGCCGCGCUGGCGCCGCGCAAGAUCCUCUACUUUGCCACGGGCUCGGGCAUCUCGGAGGUCAAGUGCAUCCUUAGCGGCUUCGUGAUCCACGGCUACCUGGGCUUCUGGACGCUCUUUACCAAGUCGGUGGGGCUGACGCUGUCGGUGGCGUCGGGCCUGUCGCUGGGCAAGGAGGGGCCGUUUGUGCACAUUGCGUCGUGCGUGGGCAACAUUGUCUGCCGCGUCUUUCCCAAGUACGAGAACAACGAGGGCAAGCGGCGCGAGGUGCUGUCGUGCGCGUGCGCGGCGGGCGUCGCCGUGGCGUUUGGGGCGCCCGUCGGCGGCGUCCUCUUUUCGCUCGAGGAGGUGAGCUACUACUUUCCGAGCAAGGUCAUGUUCCGCAGCUUCUUCUGCGCCAUGGUGGCCGCCGCCACGCUGCGCGCCCUCGACCCGUUCGGGACGGGCAAGAUUGUCCUCUUCCAGGUGACGUACGACAAGGACUGGCACUUUUACGAGCUGCUCUUUUUCGUCGUCCUCGGCGUCUUUGGCGGGCUGUACGGCGCCUACUUUACCAAGCUCAACAUGGCCUGGGCCAAGCGGGUGCGCGCCAAGACGUGGAUGGCGCGCCACCCGAUCCUCGAGGUCGUCGUCAUCACGCUCGUGUCGGUGGCCUUUUCCUACGUCAACGGCUACACGCGCAUGGGCGGCGUCGAGCUCAUCGCCGACCUCUUCAGCGAGUGCCACGAGCACGAGUCGCUCGAGGGGCUGUGCGUCUCGCGGCCCUCGGAGAUCCGGCCGCUGGUGCUGGCCAUCGCGUGGGCGAUGCUGGUCAAGGGCGCGCUGACCAUCAUCACGUUUGGCAUCAAGCUGCCGGCGGGCAUCUUUAUCCCCACGCUCGCCGUCGGCGCGUGCUUUGGCCGCAUCGUCGGUCUGCUGGUGCAGUACGUGCAGUGGACGCGGUCCGACCUGGCCUUUUUCGGGUGGUGCGCCGCCAGCGACUCGGCGUGCAUCGUGCCCGGCGUGUACGCCAUGGUGGGCGCCGCGGCGGCCCUGUCGGGCGUGACGCGCACCACGGUGUCGCUGGCCGUCAUCAUGUUUGAGCUGACGGGCACGCUCACCUACAGCGUUCCCGUGAUGCUGAGCAUCCUCGUGGCCAAGACGGUGGCCGACGCCCUCGAGCACAAGGGCAUCUACGACCUCGUCAUCGACUUCAGCGGGCUUCCUUACCUCGACAGCAAGGCGGAGUACAUCUGGGACGGCGUAAACGUCACCGACGCCAUGGAUGCCGGCGUCGAGACGAUUUCGCUCGACGUGCCCAACUCGGUCCGCGGGCUGAGGGAGAAGCUGGCCCGCCUCGCCGAGGGCGCCGGGUACACUGACGGCGGCUUCCCGCUCGUCACGCGCGAAAAGGUCGGGUGCGUGCCCAACCCGGCCCUCUCGUCGUCGUCUGCAUCCUCGCAGCCCUCGACGCUUCCACACUCGCCCGUCACCCCCGCCGCCGCCGCCGCCGCUACUUCGCCGAUGAAGGGUACCGUCAAGAUGGUAGGCUACAUUGCGGCAUCGGAACUGGAACAUGCCCUCUCUUCCCUCCCCCUCCCAACGUCGUCGAAUGGCGAGGAACCGACGACGACGACGACGACGACGACGACGACGACGAUGAGGUGUACAUUUAAGUACCUUCCCUACAUCCGCGCCGUGGCAGAGGGCGAACCGGGUCGGAUCCGCGAUUCCAUCCUCCUCCCUCCCCAGACGCAGACGCAGACGCAGACGCAGACGCAGACGCAGACGCACUCGUACCACGACCUUGAUGAAGGGGAGGGGGAGGUGGAUCUGAGCAUCUACGUCGACAAGGCGCCAAUUACGGUACAGAUCCACAGCCCGCUCGAACUGGUACACCAGUACUUUACCCGGCUCGGCGUACGAUACCUCGUCGUCGUGGAUGAACUCGGCGCGUACCGCGGCGUCGUGUUUAAAAAGAGGUACCUCAAGUUCCUCGCUGACCUCGAACAGGCAAAGCAACACAUCUAG